AUGGCUGCAUUUAUUUUGUUUUUUGCACUUUCGGGACUGCUCAGUAAUAUUCUGCUGCUUUACGUAUUCGUGCUCCACUGGAGGAAUUUCUUUAAAUCUCAGCUAUUUACUUUUUUCGUGCUCAAUAUGAUCAUAGCAGGAAUUAUUUACUCUGCAACAAAUCUUUGGGCAUCUGUCCCUUGUACUAUAAACAAAUGUAUGUUCAUAAGCUCUGAUUCAAUGAUGAUCGCCAUGACGACUCCAAAUACCGUUGGACAUUGGGGAUAUUUACUUUCUUCAGCAGCUCUUACAAUAUAUCGAUUUGGAAUCUACGUGUCGAAGACAUUUGAUGGAAGAAAACGUCUUAUAAAGGUCUUUAUAAACAAAAAACAGUCUAUAACAAAACUUUAGAU